GCAUUAAAAAUCACGAGUGGUCGAGAGAAGCUCACAAAGGAGGACACAUUUGUUACUUAUCUGGAGAUAAAAUAGGUAGGACUCAGACGUUUUGUGUUUUCCAGUAACUACACAGCAGCAGCAGCUGAGAGGCACCGCGUUACCGUCAGGUUUGGACAGUGAACUCAUGGCGGUGGCGGUCUCCAGGGAUCUGACAGUGCAGGUGCUGGAGGAUGUGAAUGCUGUCAAGCUGACUGACAGACAGCAGGCCCUGCGUGCUGCUAUCCAGAGAGGAGAGCCCAAAUGUCUGGGGGUGAGUCAGGUGAUGCUGGGGCUGAUGGUCAUGUCCUACUCCAUUCCUCUGCACUUCACUGAGCUCACAGAGGUCGUCAGUCUGGGGGUUCCCUGGUGGAGCGGCCUGAUGUUCAUCGCUGCAGGAGUGGUGGCUAUCAUCCUGGACAAACACUGCACCAUGAAGAUUCUGCAGGUGUGUCUGAUGGUGAGCGUGGCGUCCACUGUGCUGUCAGUGGUAGCUGUGAUCAUCUACUCUGUGGAUAUGGAGAAGAAUCCUGAGGUGCCCUGCGUCAAGACGAUACACGGCAACUGCAACGACAAACACUACGCCACGAGGCUGAGCAGAGGAGUGAAGUCGUCCCUCCUUCUCUUCACUCUGGCCCAGACAGCCAUCUCUGCCGUCGUCUGCUUCCUCCUCUUCAGACAGAGACACAGCUUUGGACAGUACGCUUCUCUCACUCAAGGUGCUCCAUCUACCCCUCAAACACUCACCCCCCCUGACCUGAACUGAUCAAUCAGUGGACCAGUAAAGGAGAUGGAUCACUUCCAAUCAAGAUGAUUGAUUGGCUGUCGUUACGAUGGUGAUGUAUCACCUGCUGUUCAAACUGAAUUUGUCUAUCUCUAACUUUUUUUUUUUUAUCAAGACCUGAAUAUUAGAUUAUUGGUAAACUUCAGCCAAAUGAUUCAAAACUUAUAAAUAACAGAACUGCAGCUGAAGAAAGAAAAGCAGGACUGUGUGAUUUCAUUCAAUGGUUCAAAUGUAUGAUGAAAUGAAAAAAGACAUUUUGCAGCAUGAAGCGAUCGUACUCUCCUGUGGUAAAACAUAACCCUGACUAUUAUAGCUAACUCUCUGGGUGGUACAGGAUGCAAAGUGCAGCCAUGCAUGUAUGUGUGUGUGUGUGUGUGUGUGUGUGUGUGUGUGGGCCUUUUUGUAGCUGCAGCUCACAGUGAACCUGGGCCACACAUUACUUAAAAUAACUCAAACUUACAUUAUAGUUACAUAAAAGUGUCAAGGUCACCUGUGUGUAAUCAAGAUGAGAUAAGUGAUUUUAGGUCAAAUACACCCAAGUGUAACAUUGGUGUGUUUCACUGCUUAUAACUGGUGAAAAUGAUAUACUGGCUGGAAGGCAUUCUGGACACUCUCAGACACAGUGGUCAAAGGUUUAAACACUGCAUCAUACUGAAUCUGAUACAGUCUGUGAGACAGCUGAUCUAUUUUACAUCAAGACAGUGAGCCCAAUAUAACUCCAAGGCUACACAGGAGUGCUUUCAAAUGGCACAAAACAAUCUAACUCAGGGGUCAUUCACCAGCUGUGCUUACAGCUACAACACAUGGUCCUCAUCAGUCCUGUGCUCCACCUCCAUCAGAUGGAGUUUGCAGUGGUUCAGCUGUGUCAGCAGCCUCUGAUGAGGACUAUGUGAUUCAGAUGAAAGCCCAGACCACCAGUCAAGAAUCAGUUGCAGGUUGUUCACGCACUGUCUCCAUCAACAUGUGAGCAGAUGUUUAAAAAUCAAUGGACAAAAUACAAAACUGAUACAGACUCAUAGACUCAGUUCUGCUACUUCCACAAGAAGUGCUUACUCUAAAUAUUGACUUGAAUGAGAGGAAUAAUUUGUCUUGACCAGAACUGCACCAGUGGUUCACCAAAGGUACUGCAGUGCACAGAGAGUCACCACAACACCAAACUAACAUGGGUUCAGUGCAUGUGAAGAAGAAACCUGCACUUUGCUCCAUGAGUCCACACAGACAGAAAGCCCUCUCACUCGUCUCCUAUUGAUCUGUAAAUGUUUUCAUGCUGUAGUUUGCAGUUUUGGAACAAAUGUGUGUUUGGUACGGUGUAUACAGUACGGUGCACUAUUUUUAUAUUUCUAGACAUUGUUUACACAGUGUUAUACAUGUUCAUCCAUGUUGUACUAACUCUGAUAUAGUUUUGUUUAUUUUACACAAAAUAAAAUCAUAUAUACAUA